AUGGCGUUGGGAGUUGAUGCUGGGACAAGGCCAGUUGGCUUCACGCCUGGCCCAGGUGAGAGACGACUUGACGUUGGUAUCAUAGGCGCAGGUAUUGCUGGUUUAGGUGCGGCGAUAGCCCUCGGCCAAGCAGGACACCAUGUCGAGGUUUUCGAACGGUCUCGUUUCGCAAACGAAGUCGGUGCCGCGAUCCAUUGCUGCCCCAAUGCGACUAGGGUACUUCGACAGUACGGAUUCGACUUUGAACGUGCCAGUGCGGACCUUUUUGGCUGUGGUACGGUCAUGAAAGGAGACACCAUGCAACCAACGUACUUCGCCACAUAUGAAGACUGGGAGUCCACUUACAGCGCAACGGGCCAUUUCUUUCAUCGUGUUGAUAUGCACACUGGGUUAAAGGAGUUGGCACAGAAGCCGGGCUUGAAUCCCGGCUUUCGGGCUGCGAAGAUCAGAUUGUCGGCUGAAGUUAUGGACAUCGACUGUGAAACUGGCUUCAUUGAACUUGCUGAUGGUCAGCAUUUUCGCAAAGAUGUAAUCAUCAUUGCUGACGGGGUUCACUCACGAUUUGUAUAUAAGAUUUCCGAUGACAUUUCACCAGCAAGACGGACAGGACAGUCCAUUUUUCGAUUCCUAAUACCAACCGAAAAGUUACGGGCGAAUCCUCUGACCGCUACCAUCUUCCCUGAAUCAGAGCCAUCCGGUAUACGCGUUGCAGUCCUGGGAAACAGACGGAUGGUUUGGUACCCUUGUCGCAACGGCACCGUACAGAACUUUGCCUUGAUCCAUGCCGAUGAACGAUACUCUACCAAUGUCGAAGAUUGGGACGCCCCAGCAUCAAAAGAUGAUCUCUUGACGACAUACCAGGCAUUUCAUCCUGCUCUUGUGGAGAUUUGCAACCAGGCAGAAGACAUCAAAUUGUGGCCGCUGUUGUUUCGACAGCCGAACCCGAUCUGGACCAAGGGUAGAGCUGUUCUCAUUGGAGACGCAGCCCACCCUAUGCUUCCACACCAAGGGCAAGGGGGCGCUCAAGCAUUAGAAGACGGCGCCGCUUUGGGUGUCCUCCUUUCUCAUAUUCCGGAAGCAGAUUGCUUCCCACAUACUGAGACGGAUAGCCCGAGAUCAUCAAGUGAAGGCUCUGAAAUUGUGACUGAAGGAGGCCACAUAGAUUCUUGCAUUGCAGAUCGCCUUCACUUGUUCCAAGAAAUCCGAAAAAAUCGAACAGCAGCGAUUCAAAUCUUCUCAAAUGCUGGGCAAGAUGAAGCAGAAAAGAUCCAGAGGGAUGCGAAACCAUAUGUGAAUGGCAAGGUACCUACAAACCAACAAGAGUUUCACGAAUAUAACUUUGGCUAUAACGUGGUCGACGAUUGUUUGAUGGCGUUGAAGAGGCUCGAGGAGGCAGGGAACAAGGUCAUAUUUCCAAUAGAGCAUGCUCCAGCCGACGCCGUUGCAAUCUCUAAAGCUCGUCGGAUAGAUUGA